AUGGCGGCCAACGCAGGUACGCCAGUAGGCACCACUAUCUCGGACCUGCCGCUCGAACAUCUCAGUCUUUACCAUGCCGUCGAUCCAUACCUCUCCUCUAUUCUCAUAUUUUAUGGCCCCGUUGCGACCGCCAAUGCUACUGUAAGCAGUUCACGAAUUCAGGCACAUGUUUUUAGCCCCGCGGGGUUUCAAAGCUACAACCGCAUCACAAUUUCACCCGCCGCACCGCUAUACGCAGCAGUCAAUCAUCUACCCCGCGAGAAACAAGGCGAUGCAGUGUGUCGUGCGCUUGCUGUCAGUAUGCUCAAGUACUUUGCCGAGUUAUCAGAUCCUCUGAAGACUCAUUUGGUGAAUAAGGCACCACCAGCGCGACAAGGCGGAAAAGCCCCAAAACUUUUUGAUGAAAUGCACGCUGCGGAUCUAGCAAACCGCAUGGCCAGGAUAGAGGACUCGGUAGAGGUGGCUCGUGAUAUCCGCAAUGCAUUUCAGGAGCGCAAGAUCCCUUGGUCUGACCUUGAUGUUGUCCUGCCAGCCGGCACUAUACAACAGACCCAGAGGAGAGAAAGUGCCGGAUCAGAACUUGAAGGGACACAAAGUCUCCAAUACGGUCCGUACACGCCUCUUAUAAUGGCUUUAGGAGAGCCUAUGUUUCUACCAACAUCCCGCCUGAAGCGGGCGCCCUCGCAAUCUACCAACGUUAGCAAAUCCAGGAUUUUCACCCGCACGAAGAAAGAGUCUGUUCGUUUGACUAUGUGCGAGCUGGUAGAUACUGAAGAACGCUAUGUCGCCAAAUUAUAUUCGCUGGUUCAUGAACUCGCGGACGAGUUUCGCCAGAAGGCACAAACGCGAGGUCCGUCUAGCACAAGCCCCGAUGAAGCAGCUCUGGAGGCCCUCUUUCCACCGUGUUUGAACGAGAUACUCGAGGUCAACCUUGGAUUUCUGGAUGUUCUUCGAGAGAUUCUUGAGCAAACGGAAAAAGAAGCGCUCGAAGAUAUUGGCCAAGAUACCGAGCUUCCUCCUCACAGAAGCGCGAGUCAGAAUAAUAAGGACGUUAUCGGUGCCGUGGAAUUCGCAAAAGCAUUACUCGAUUGGUUACCGCAGUUCUCCCAGCCAUACGGCGAGUAUAUGCGGGCACAUAAUGGGUUUACUCAGACUCUCAACUCUUUUAUGAAAGAAAAGAAUUCUAGUUUUUCAAGGCGAGUCUAUGAAACCGGAGAACAGAGGCUAAGAUCUCUUUUGAUGGAACCUGUUCAGCGUCUUCCUCGCUAUAGUCUAUUGAUUGAUACUAUGACCGGCAGCUUGCCCCUGGUUCAUCCUGCUGUACGCCCCUUGCUCAAGGCCCGCGAUAUUGUCAAGGACAUUUGUGCCCUAGAGAAUUCUUCUCCUUCCGGCCAUGCCCAAAGCCUGCAGCGCUUGAGGGAGCUUGUUGAUGGGUGGCCCGGGAGAGUUUGCCCAGAGGGUCGCUUAAUAACGGCAGUUGAUGUGGACGAGGCCACCCCUCCAUAUCAACUGGAUGAUCAAUCAACAGGGCCCGGUGCUGGGAUACUACUUCUCUACAAAAACUGCAUUGUAUUACUUGCCAAGCCAGCUGAAAGUCGAAGCACGGCACGGGGAGUAUUGGCAGAUAUUGAUAACGCAGCAUCCUCCGCCAAUGAUACCUCAAUGUCCUUACCUUCAUCUGAACUCAAGGUUGCCCAAGUUUUGGAGCUCAGUUCUCUUCGCUGCAUGCAGUCAGAAUGUGGUCGAGUUUUAUUCAUCAUGCCGGCCUCGGUUCAACACGAUCGACAAAAUAUGGAUAUAAAUCCCGAUCUCCUUGCACUGAAGUUGACCUCAAUGUACGAAGGAAAGGCCAGUAGAUUGAUCGAAGAGAUCACUAAGGCAAAGAUUGAAGGUCGAUAUUCCGAGCAAGAGCGAGAAGGCGGUAAAUGGACUUUGCGUAGUCCUGCAGCUGUCCCUGGGAAUACGGGUUAUCUAGCAUGCGUAUGCGAGGAUGGCCAAGAUGGGGCUCUCAAUCAAGUGCAGCCAUCCCCAAUUCGAUUAAUUUUCGACAAACCGAAAGGAACAUCGGUCCAAUUAUUAAGAAACAGCAAUCUGGAAGUCAUUAUAUCAAUAUCACCUCCAAAUGGCGACCAGUUCAGAAUGGACGUGGAUUCCGUGAUUGGUGCGCCAUCCACAGAUGUGGUGACUGCGGAUAUCUUUGUUCCAACUCUCUCGAGACGCAUACAGAAUCUCCUUUCGCCUCUACACGGUCCUCAAAACCCUAAGGUCAUGGUGCCAAUUGUUCGCUCUAAUUUUGAAAUUUUGCGAUACAUAACAAGUAGCUUGAUAACCCAGGUCAAGUCUUCUCGAGGCUUUCGGCCGCCCUCGCCAACCAAAUUGAUAUCAAAUCUGCUGGGCGGCAGUCGUGAGAACGUCCCCACCAUUAAACAACCAAAUUCAGCGACUUUGCUUGGGGAAUUUCCCAAAAUGCCCCCGCCAAGGGGUAAUCUGCACAGAUCGAAUACAUUACCGUCCACAUUCCCCGGAAAAGAGAAAGACAAGGACAAAGACAGAGAGAAGGAGAAAGAGAAGGAGAAGACGGAAAAUUCGAACAAGAUAUCGGUCGUUGGAACCCCUUCUGCACGCGGCCCUGACGGGCAGAUAGGGUCACUGGAGCAAGCAUUUGCGGCAUAUGUGCUUUCUUUGCAAUCUCGAAGUGGAAACAUUUUGGGACGCAUGCUUCGUGCUCGAGAAACAGCAGAUCGUGCCCCAGUGAAUGAGCUUUACAAUAUUCUCCUCGAGAAUCCCGGCAAAAUACAGGCCGCAGCGGAGGUGCCCGUAGACACGCUGUUUGUCGCAUUCGAAACAUUCAUGAAAAAUGCUUGGAAGAAAAGUAUGGGGCCUGUCCUGGAUGCAUUGUCUUUACGACAGCUACAAAGUCAGUUUGAUGCGAUGUUUCCUCGUGAUUUUGAUGAGCAAUUUCGAAAGUUUUUGGCAGACAUCAGUCCACAGAAUCGACGUGCCCUGGCUGCAAUCAUUCGAUUGCUGGCGGAAUUGUUAGACGCGUCCGGGAAUGACGGGGAUCGUGGUGCCCUGACCAUGGCGUUCGCCGAAGUUCUCACAGAAGAAGGAGAUCCAGUCCACCAUGUGUCGCUUCUAGACCGACUUGUUGAAGACUUUGACAGUCUUUUUGAAGAGUUCAUCCCGGGUGGUGCCUCUGUUGAAGGGACGCUGAGCUGCGACCAGACCAAGCCAUCUCAAUCUAACACUGGAUCUGUAGGGUCCAAUAGUUCUUCCUUCCGGAAACGCUUCGGGUUCGGCCUUCAUAAGGAUAGUCAAAAGAGUGAGGGCGAGGGCAAGGUUGCAUCAAUACUGCGAACACUGAGCAAAAGGCAAAGCCCAGCCGAUUCUGAGCCGAACACACCCAGGGGAUCUCUGCUCCGAUCGAAGUCAACCGACGUGGAAAGUCGUUUGGGUUUGCUUCGACCUGCAUCUCGAGAUCGCCCCUUUGGAUUCUCAUCCGAAGAGCAAAUUUCGAGACCAGGAACUGGCUACGGACAGCCCCCAUCUUUGUCCUCCAUUCGGGGGAUUUCACAUGACGGUGUUGUCAAAGUCCGCCGCAAAAGAAGGAGUUCACUGUCGGACCUGUGUCCCCCAACAGCUUCAUCAGAGGUGUCUAGUGCGUCCUCAACGCAUCAACUUCGUCCAACGACUCCAGCUUCUCGCCCUCGAGCUGAACAAAUAACGCCAACGAGUCAAACAAGACCGCAAAGUAGCUAUUUUGCUCCAUCACCCGUGAGAAGCUCAUCGCCUGCAAAAGGAGCAUCCCCCACCCGGCUAGGAUCCCCCAUUCGAAGAAUAUCACCUGCGCGUCCAUCUACCCCAAGCAGAAAAGAAAACAUUGAUCCCAAGAUACCUCAGUCUGAACGGGCAACCAAGGCUCAGCGUGACAUUCCAGAAUCGCCAACUCAGGAAACUAAGAGACGAUCCCGUGCUACCAGCAUUCCUCAACGACCAGCGGGGCUCCGAGAAAGAUCCACGGUCAACGUGGAAAGCAAACGUCCACAGUCGGCUUCCUCCUCUCAAAGAACCUCAAAGUUGCGGAUGCAAAGCCCGCAAAAGCUUCGUGAUCGUGUUCAUACCGAGAAGAGAAACCAGGCGAUUUCACAAAUCGGCUUGCGAGACGAAAUUACAGCACUUGGAGAUGAGCUUCAUUCUUUGAGACUUACACCUAGCAUGGAGCCAAAUCAAGAGUCGGUCGAAAGUCGAGUGUCUCCUGAUAGAGCUGCAUCUUUGGAGGGUCGUUUCCGGGUGCUCGAAGAACGAUUUGACCAGGUCACUGGAGAGUACAAUGGACGAACGUCUGCACUCGAGAAGGAUGUAGAAUCUUCCCUCGUUGUCAGUGAGAAGCGAGUAAAGAAGCUAGACGAGUUGUACCGGGAAGCUAGUGCCGAGAAUGAGGCCUUGUAUGAUCGCUUCAACUCGGAACUUAGCAAACUUUCCAAAGACGUUCGGGCGGGCAGCGCAGAGGAGUCUUUGCAAUCCCAGCUAACGAAUGCUCUGGAAGAGAUUGGUCGGCUCAAAAAAGAAAAUUUCCGACUCAAGAGAGAGGUCGGAGGUCUUCGGGCCCAACAAGCCGCCGUUGCUCUGUUAAGAGCGAGCGAUCAAUGA